UCCAUCACCUGACAUUUUGACCAAAUUUUAAUAACAACAAACAACAAUAACUCGCUUACAACCCACGUUUUCUCCACACUCACACCAACCUCCAUUUCAUCUCUCUCUCUUCCCACACACCACUCUCCCUCCACCAUUUUCUUACAGACUUACACACUGAAAACUCAAAAAACCUCCAUUAUUCUCUCACCUCACUCAUCAAUGGCGUCUUCUCCUUCUUCUUCCUCCACUUCCUCAUCUUUCGACGAUUUCGACGACGACUCCUUCGAACACACUCUCCUCGUUGUCCGCGAAGUCGCCGUCUACAAGAUCCCCCCUCGCUCAACCUCCGGAGGUUUCAAAUGCGGUGAAUGGCUUCAAUCCGAUAGGAUCUGGUCUGGUCGUCUUCGCGUCGUUUCCUGCAAAUCUCGCGCUGAAAUUCGCCUCGAAGAUCCCAUUUCUGGCGAUCUUUUCGCUGCUUGUUUCGUUUAUCCUGGACUUCGCGAUCAAUCUGUUGAACCUGCGCUCGAUUCUAGUCGUUAUUUCUUGCUUAAGAUCGAAGAUGGAACAGGUAAACAUGCUUUCAUAGGGUUAGGGUUUGCCGAGAGAAAUGAAGCUUUUGAUUUCAAUGUUGCGUUGUCUGAUCAUGAGAAGCAUGUUAAGAGAGAGAGUGAGAAGGAGGUUGCUGCUUCUGCUAGUGAAGGUGAUGAGAAUUCUAUUGAUAUUCAUCCUGCUGUUAAUCAUAGAUUAAAGGAAGGUGAAACCAUCCGGAUAAAUGUGAAGCACAAAAUAGCAAGUGGGACAGGUAUGCUCUCUUCUGGGAAGCCUGCAGGGCUUUCAGGCGCUGGCAGUCCAAAACCCUUGAGCCUUGCUCCACCUCCAAGUGGGUCUGGGAAGAUUCGUUCACCACUCCCACCGCCACCAAAUGAUCCUGCUGCUACUAGGACGAUUACCACUCUUAAAGGCUCAAAGGAAAGUGCAAGACAUGCUGUCGAUCCUUUGUCUGACUUUUCACAACUUGAGAGAAAUCUCCCUUCUAAAGCCGGAUCUGGGACAACCAACAGCAGUGCUGCAGGAUGGGCUGCAUUUUGAUUGUACCCCAUUAGUGUCCUACAUUUGUACUAUUAGAUUGUUGUUUACAAGACGAGAGAGCAGCGCGCCGACACAUGUGCGCGCGCGCGAGAGGGAGAGACUUACAACCGGGAGGUUGUUUCUUGAGUUAUUGAAUUUUUACCAAGUUCUUUGCAAUAAUACAUCAAUAUAUAUGUUUAUAAACAACA